GCCCACCCGGGCUACAACUCCUCCUCCAAGGACAACGACAUCAUGCUCCUCAAGCUGCUGACCCCGGCCGCCCUCUCGGACCGCGUCCGGCCCAUCCCCGUGGCCUCCUGCCUGCCCAGGCCCGGCACGGCCUGCACCACCUCGGGAUGGGGGGCCACCACCUCGCCGGAAGUGACGUACCCCGAGGUCCUGCAGUGCGUCAACGUCACCCUCUUCUCGCCCGCCGAGUGCCAGGACUUCUACCCCGGCUCCAUCACCCCCAACAUGAUCUGCGCCGGCAACGUCGCCGGCGGACAGGACUCCUGCCAG